GCCGGGGAGGAGUCAGCCCGGUGGGAAAGCUGCCUUGUGGGCGGGGGCCGAGGAGACCAGGGCUGUGGUCAGCCCCCAGUCUGUCAGGCAGGAAGGAGGUGGCCCGACCCCUGGGCAGUCCCUCCCCUCCGCCUUUCCCCACGUUACUACUUCCCCGGGGCUCCGGGUCCCUCCCGCGCGCGCGCGGCUCAGGCGCCGGGGCUGGCCGCUGCAGCCUCUGGACUGGGGACUGCACCAGCCUCCCCUAACAGCAAGGGGGCUCCAGAGACUGCGCAGCCCGGAAGUCUGGUGGCCGGGGGCUUCGGACGGUGCUUUGGUAAUGUCCAGGGCGCCAGGAAGAGAUGUCCCUGUGGCUGGAGGCCCCUGUGCCUGAUGUUUCUCCUGACUCUGCCGUGGAGCUGUGGGAGCCAUGUGCACAAGAUGCAAGCAGCCAGGCUCAAGCAGCCAGCAGCUGUACCAUCAAGGACGAAGCCAGGACACCCCGAUCUGCUGGCAGUGCCUUGGGGGCGGGGCUGGAGGCAGCAGAGCCCACAGCCCUGUUCCCCAGGGUGGAGGGCCCCGCAGAACCCACAGAGCUCCGUCCACAAAAGCGGAAAAAGGGGCCAGCCCCCAAGAUGCUGGGGAACGAGCUGUGCAGCGUGUGUGGGGACAAGGCCUCCGGCUUCCACUACAACGUGCUGAGCUGUGAGGGUUGCAAAGGCUUCUUCCGCCGCAGCGUCAUCAAGGGCGCGCGCUACGUCUGCCACAGCGGCGGCCACUGCCCCAUGGACACCUACAUGCGGCGCAAGUGCCAGGAGUGUCGGCUCCGCAAGUGUCGCCAGGCUGGCAUGCGGGAGGAGUGUGUCCUGUCGGAAGAGCAGAUCCGCCUGAAGAAACUGAAGCGACAGGAGGAGGAGCAGGCGCAGGCUGCGGCCGGGCCCCCUCGCGCCCCCUCGCCUCCCCAGGCCCUGCCCCAGCUCAGCCCGGAGCAGCUGGGCAUGAUCGAGAAGCUGGUCGCCGCCCAGCAGCAGUGUAACCAGCGCUCCUUUUCUGACCAGCUUCGAGUCACGCCUUGGCCCAUGGCCCCGGACCCCCACAGCCGGGAGGCCCGCCAACAGCGCUUUGCCCACUUCACCGAGCUGGCCAUCGUGUCCGUGCAAGAGAUCGUGGAUUUUGCCAAACAGCUGCCCGGCUUCCUGCAGCUCAGCCGGGAGGACCAAAUCGCCCUGCUGAAGACCUCUGCGAUUGAGGUGAUGCUCCUGGAGACGUCUCGCAGGUACAACCCUGGGAGUGAGAGCAUCACCUUCCUCAAGGAUUUCAGCUACAACCGGGAGGACUUUGCCAAAGCAGGGCUGCAGGUGGAGUUCAUCAACCCCAUCUUCGAGUUCUCCAGAGCGAUGAAUGAGCUGCAGCUCAACGAUGCCGAGUUCGCCUUGCUCAUUGCCAUCAGCAUCUUCUCUGCAGACCGGCCCAACGUGCAGGACCAGCUCCAGGUAGAGAGGCUGCAACACACAUAUGUGGAGGCCCUGCAUGCGUACGUCUCCAUCCACCACCCCCAUGACCGGCUGAUGUUCCCACGGAUGCUGAUGAAACUGGUGAGCCUCCGGACACUGAGCAGCGUCCACUCGGAGCAAGUGUUUGCACUGCGCCUGCAGGACAAAAAGCUGCCCCCUCUACUGUCUGAGAUCUGGGAUGUACACGAAUGACUGUUCUUGCCCGGUACCUUCCGUCUUCUGGCCCCAAAGCUGCGGCCCCCAGGCUGCCUCCUAGAGGGGGAGCAGACUGACAAGGGCAAACAUUCCUGGGAGCUGGGCGAAGGAGAGCUUCACAUGGCAUUAAAGGAGAAUCAAAGCGUU